AUGGAGAACCCGCGCAAAGAAAUCACUGGCGUUGUGGAAGGCCUGUGCUCGGCCAAGAAUGCCGACUCGCAGCGCGAUGUUCUGCAGCGCUACUUUACGAACGAUGCCUCGUUUGACCACCCUCUGUGUGCCGUGAGCUCGUAUCCUGGCUCGCGCGACACGGGUGUGCUUCCGAUCUACCAAUGGCUGCGCAUCAUGUUCCUCGACACGCUGAUCAAGGUCCACGAUAUCGGUUUCGACCAGGAGACCAACCGCCUGUUUGUGCGCGUCACGCAGCAGCUGCGCUGGAGGCUUUCGCCUAUCCGCCACUUCUACGCGCCGACGGUCGAACUCGUCGUCUUGCUCGAUCUCUCCAAGGGCUCCGACGGCAAGCUGUACAUCGCCCGCCAGGUCGACCUGUAUGCGGUGCAGCAGGUGACGCACUUCAUCAUUCCCUACUCGAAGGAGGUGAUCGAAUACAUCAAGCUGUUCGCCGGCUUCAUGUGCCUCGUCCUUGCCGUCCUCUUCCAGACCCUUGGCUUCUGGAGGCUCAGCGCCAAGCACGCAUAA